AUGCCCGCUUCUUCUAUUACGGGUGCAGCGUCAGAAACUAAAUCUACACCUGCCUCUUCACCCCCGCCAGCCGACAUGGAUACAAAGAACGUGCCGGAGUCAUUGCAAGCGGAAGAGGAGCGCAUCAGGGCCCAGCGCGAGAAAGAUGACGCGAAACGAGACGCGCAAUUGGAGAAGGAGAGACAGGAGGAUAUCAAAAGUGGGAGAGAGGUCUUGGAUAAGAAGUUCCAGCAAUUGGAGUUUUUGAUGAACAAGAGCAAGCUGUAUGCGACCGUCAUGCUUGCGCAAAUGCAACGGCAAGAAGAAGAAGAGCAGGCUCAAGACGAAAAGACAAAAGGCCAGACUACAAAACGUGAAAAGAAUGCAGAAAAGACGGCAGCUGAAUCACAACGACGAGCGACACGCGGAUCCGCAGCGAGCGCACCCAAGACAGACGAGCCUGAAACAACACCAAAGAGAGGUCGCGGAAGGCCAAAGAAACAGGACAAUAAAGGCAAUGCGAAGCUGAAGAAGCAAGGUUCGGAUAUAUCCAGCUACUUCAGCAAAGCCGACCUGGAGAAGAAGACAGACCACAAGAAUGUUGGGGAUGCGCUGAAAGAGGCGGCGGAAGAGGACAAAGACAAUGUCAAGACAAGCGAUAUCGGAAUGACUGACUUGAAGUCGGCGCGACAACCGAAACUGGUCACUGGUGGCACAAUGCGAUCAUAUCAGUUGGAAGGUCUUGAGUGGAUGGUGUCACUCUACAACAACGGCAUCAAUGGCAUUCUGGCAGACGAGAUGGGUCUGGGCAAGACGAUACAAACCAUUGCUAUGCUUGCGCACUUGUGGGAGAACAAAUCAUACGGUCCCUUUUUGAUCGCUGCGCCGCUCAGUACCACGAGUAAUUGGGUGGCAGAAUUUGAGAAAUGGACACCAACCCUGCCUGUCAUGCUAUACCAUGGCGACAAGAAGGAGCGCGAGAGAUUACGCAAGACCCGGCUACGGAACCCGGGGACUGCAGAUUUUCCUAUCAUGAUCACUAGCUACGAGAUUUGCAUGAACGAUCGCAAGUAUCUUACGAGCUUCGGCUGGCAAUUCAUCAUUAUCGAUGAGGGACAUCGCAUCAAGAAUCUUGAUUGCCGGCUCAUUCGCGAGUUGCAGCAGUUUCAGUCGGCGAACCGUCUGCUCAUCACUGGUACGCCACUGCAAAAUAAUCUUACGGAACUGUGGUCAUUGCUACAUUUCUUGCUACCUACGGUUUUUGACAAGCUAUCCACAUUCGAGAGCUGGUUCGACUUCUCUGGACUGAAGGACAAGUCGAGCUUCGAACAAUUACUUUCAGAAGAGAGGCAGCAAUACCUGGUCAAGUCGCUACACGCGGUGUUGAAGCCGUUUUUACUUCGUCGAGUCAAGACGGACGUGGAAAGCUUGAUGCCUAAGAAGCGGGAGUAUGUGCUGUAUGCGCCGUUGACAGCCAUGCAACGAGAGCUGUACCAGGCCAUUCUCGAUGGCACCAGUCGGUCUUAUCUUGAAGAGAAAGCUGUCGAGAGGCUAAGCAUCGGUCUAAGCAGCAGAGCAGGGACACCCCUCAGCAUCCGCAGUAACAAUGGCGGCCUCAAGCGCAAGGCUUUGAGUAGGUUGAACACACCCAGCAAGAGUGCCAAGACGUCCCGUGCAGGCACCCCGGCGUCAGUCGCAUCGACAAGAAGCAGAGGUCGACCAAAAAAGAACUACGAAGAAGUCAGCGAUAAUGAGUUUUUUGACAACAUGGACAAACCAGAGGAGGAGGAAGAGGAGGAGGAGCUCAGCUCUGACGCAGAAGACGAGAAAAUCCGCGCUGCAACCUUUGAAAUCGCUAAACGUCAACUCAUGCAGAAGAAGCUCGGUAACCCAAUCAUGCAACUCCGACUCUGCUGUAACUCGCCCUACAACUUCUUCAACCCCUUUAUCAAAGCCGACACCGAUGGCACCGAAACCUUUGCCUCGGAGACAGAGCCAGAUGAGACGAUCGUCUCCACGUCAGGCAAGAUGCUCCUCCUUGACUCCCUCCUCCCCGAACUCAUCCGCCGAGGCCACAAAGUCCUCAUCUUCUCGCAAUUUACAACAACUCUCGAUCUCCUGGGUCACUACCUCGACCUGCGGUCCUGGAACUACGCCCGCAUUGACGGCUCAGUAGCGCAAACAGACCGUCAAGAGCAGAUACUCGCCUUCAACAAGCCCUCGACUACCAAAGAGGCAGCGGAUAUUUUCAUCUUGUCAACACGUGCCGGUGGCCAAGGCAUCAACCUCGCAGCCGCUGAUACAGUCAUUCUAUUCGACAGCGACUGGAACCCCCAACAAGACCUCCAAGCCAUGGACCGCGCCCAUCGUAUCGGCCAAACAAGAAACGUCAUCGUGUACCGCUUUGCCACGCGCAACACCGUCGAGCAGAAACUGCUUGAAUCCGCGGAAGCGAAGCGUAGGCUGGAGAAACUGGUUAUCAGAAAAGGUGGUGUGCGGAAUGAUCGCGGGAGUGGGCGUGGGAAUGACAAGGAGCAGGAGGUUGAGGAGCUGCAGAGACUGUUGAGGAGGAGUGAUGGGGAGAAGUUUGAUGUUGAGGGUACGGAGGUGGGGAAGAUUCUGGGGGAGGAGGAAUUGGAGAUUUUGCUGGAUAGGAGUGAGGAGGCGUAUGAGAGGGCGGAGAGGGGGUUGGAUAUUGGGGGCGAAGGGAAGGUGUUUCAGGCUGUGGGGAAGAGGGAGGAGGGAGCUCUUAUGGAGGGCUUGAGAGCGUGA